GGUCAAGAAGCACGGCGCGUGCGCAGAGUCCCUCGCACGGAUGAAAUCUGUCAGCUCAGAGAACCGUCCGUUCUUCCCUUCGUUAGUCUUUCUUCUUCAGUUACAGCCACAGACCGUCAGUCGACUCGACGAUUCUUCACAUUCAGGCUGAGACUUUUGUGAGUGCGGUCAAAAAACUCCAACAAUGACGAGCAGCUCAAAGCGGAAAGAAGAAAGUCUCCUGCAGAACGGAGGAGUGAAAGUGUCCACAUGGAGUAAAGCCUUCAGUAGUAAUGCUGUGUGGGAAGAGAAGGACGAGUUUUUAGACGUGAUUUACUGGCUGCGACAAAUUAUUGCAGUGAUCCUUGGCGUGAUCUGGGGAGUUGCACCAUUGAAAGGAUUUCUGGGAAUAGCCAUCUUCUGCAUCAUCAACGCCGGCGUCCUUUACGUCUACUUCAGCAGCUUCCAGCAGGUUGAUGAGGAGGAGUACGGUGGAACAUGGGAACUCACCAAAGAAGGCUUCAUGACGUCGUUUGCUCUGUUUCUGGUCGUGUGGAUAAUCUUUUACACUGCUCUACAUUUUGACUGAGGAACGUCAGUGGGACAAUGAGGACAAACAAUUGUGUUCACAGGAAAUCUUCAAGUUCAGGAUGGUUGAGGAAGAGCGACUGUGAUCGUCGCACUCAGAUAUUAACCGUCUCUUCAUUUGUCCACGCCCCAGGACUUUUGCUCCCGUUCCAUGUUCUCCCUCACUUCUCAGUGCUCAACUCCGACGGUCACUUUUCUCCGGAUCGCUAAACUGUUAGACCUUCAGAGGUCAGAGGUCACAUCACAGGCAGCUGUUCAUGAAGCUGCCCCAUAUGAGAGACAGCAAACACAGAUAUCCCAUAAUACUUCAGUGUCUUGGUCCGGUCCGGUCCAGGGGUUUGAGGUGUUUUUGUUUGUUGUCAGAAGAAAAUUGUGUCCUGUGUUCCUCUCUGUUCAUGCUUUUAGUGCAGGAAGAACAGGAGGUAGUUCUUUUCACACACACAUACAUGUUUCUCUGCUCUGGGUUGAUGUGCAGCAUUGGUGGCUAACGCUAAUGCUGUAUUAGCAGUGUUAUGCAGUGGAGUCACCCGCCCCCUCCUGGCCAGAAAUGUCAUGACCUUAGCCAUGAGUCUAGAAAUAAACUAAUAAAUGACUUCCCACAUCGAAGAUAUUACUUUUUUAAACUUCAUCUUCUCUGUCAAACUUCAUGACGUGGGUCAGCUGACCUGCUUUUACGUGGACUUGUUUUGUUUUUGACAUGCUCCAUGUAACAUUUCUCAGUAUUUUCUAGUAAAUGACUAUUUAAAAAUAAA